UUCUGAUUUCGUACACUUUACCUCUCGCCGACCAGUAAAGUGUCUACAUACAUCGACACAUGAAAGGAUUCCAACAACGAUACAGAUAACGAUGCGAUUGCGAUCCUUGAUCACGGGUCUCGUGGCCACGACCGGCGUGUGGGGACAGCUUCUCGGUCGACAAAACUCCGGUUGCGACGAAUGCACGCAGGACGAGGUCUGCCGAGUAACGGAGGCCGAUGGAAUUCAUUGCAUUCCUGCGAAUAUGAUCGAUACCACCACGGUGACGGUAACGAGCUUCACAUUUGCCCGGUCGACGAGGACCCGAACGACCGUUGUCAGUCCGAGGACAUCGACGUCCACAUCUUGGAGCACGGUCACGGCAUUCACCACCUCUCUACCGGCCGAAACCGAUGAGGAGUCGUCCACUACUACUACUACUACCUCCAAGAUUAACGGCCGGGCUCUCAAGGGCCGCCAGGAGUCGGUCGCCGACCUCUUUGAGGCAGUCACCGUUAGCACGACCAUCAAAGAAACCAGCUACACAGGUGAUCCCACGACGACGACGUUGACCCGCACCUCUGGGAGUCCCAUCACCGCGGUCGCCGUCACGGCAGCAACAACAACAGUCUGGCAGACGACCUCGGCAGACUCCCAAGAGGACGAGGAAGAUGUGCACCAUGGAACGCCGACCUCCACCGUCGCCGGAGCAAUCGCGGGCGUGAUCGUCGCCCUGGCGUUUAUCGCGGGAAUCGCUUGGUUUAUGCGGAAAAAGUCCAAGCAGAAUCAUGCGGUGGAGAAGAAGACCCGCGCACUGACUGCGUCGGACUCGGAAAUGCAAUUGCCUCGUACGCCCGGAGACGAAACUGACACCACCACCUCCUCGCCGUCCACAAUCCCCCCCUUCCCGUUUGCCGGCUCGACCGCCACCAGGCUCGCCGUGCCAGACCCAUCCCACCUCCACCAGAAGCCACACCACCAACGCAAUCCCUCAGCACUAUCGCUCACCCACGUGAGCCCGCGGCUAUCGCUAACCUUCCCGCCCGAUUCCGACGUCAGCCCUAUCGAGGGAGAGAGCCCAUUCACGGCGGCCAGAAGACGCAGUACCAGCCAGUCCACUGCUUCUGCGAAGAGGACAAAUGUCAUCCCUAGGAAACCGGUGCCUACUAGUCCCGAUGCCGGGACUCCGGGAAGGGCGAUAUAGUUUGAUCUCACUCUACUUCAUGUCCAUUUGAUGUCGUUUUCUUUUCUUUGGCUUUGGCUUUGUCUGUCUGUCUGUCUGUUUAAUGAUGGUGGUGGGGUGUUUGGUGUUUCGCACUUGCUUACAUACUUUCUUGCAUUCUUGCUUUUCCUUCUACCUACACGGUCAUUUUUGUGUCAUUUUUGCUUUGCUUUUUGGGGGUAUUAUAUCACACCAUACGGCGUAUUUUUUUUUCUUCUUUCUCUUCCAAUUAUGAUUGUUUGAUGUUCUUCUAGAUAAUGGUCUGCUUGAACGAACACACG